AUUGUUUAUGUCUGUAUACGUGCGCGCGGGCGCGCACUGAUACUAUGUUGAAUUUUUUUGCUGGAAGCAAGCUCUAACAUCGUAUAUCCAAUAACUAAAUACUCAUGUCGCCAGGCCGUGUACUUUCCGGGCUGCACUGGAUGCAUGGUUUGUUCGCGGAAUCGCUUCAGACAGAGAUACCCGAUCGCACAUCCCCAGGAAUAUGGAUGAAGAUUGUCUGCGCCGCACUGUGCCUGUUGACACUCUACCUUGCUGUGAAGGUUGUCGCCCGCUACUAUCAGUACUUUGACAACGAAAGCCACCCGGCAACAGAGUCGCCGACAAUGUUUCUGCUGCCCUGGCUGGCAACUUGCGACAUUAUCACCACAUUGGCCAUUAUGAUCAUAAUGCUGCUUGGCGGCAACGUCUCCGCAACGGGUGGCAGCGGGGCUAGCACUUUCUUUGGAACCCUUGAGCGUGCAGCGCUGGCUGCCCAGAUGUGCUACUUUUUGGUGCACGCUCUGCUGUCGGUGCACAUUAUGUCGAUUUCUUACAUGGCUAAUCGCGUAUUCGACACCCUUGCCAGCGACUACUACGGGCCAGUUGCAGGUGUGGUAUCGUUUUUUCUGUCGUACCGCUUGGUUACAGCUCAUUCGGCAUUCCCAACGCUGCUGCUGACCGUGCUACCGCUGGGUACAUUUACCCUGCUGGCCCUCUCGGCGGCGUGCGCUACCAAGGCAUCUGUCAAGAGGAGCCGGGUGAUAAGAGUGCAUGUGGACGAGUCUGGUAUCCUCAAAGUGCGCGUCAAUUUGCUUGCUGUGUGUGGUCGCGGGGUGUAUCUUUUUGCCAUUUCCUCUCUGUCACCAGCUGUCUCGAUGCAGCUGGUGACAGAGGAUGAGCACGAGCAUGAACACAAAGAGUAAACUGGCAGUGCAGCAAGCACCAAUUCGCACACAUGACUUCUCUGGCUUCAUAAACGCGAGGCUUGAUUCAAAAUUUUAAUUAUGAAUUCAGAUAUGCAAAGUAAUUGCGAAUGCAUACAGGCUUUGGAACUAGCAAUUGACUGCAUUUUCCACUGGCCUGCAUGAAUUUACAAAGCAAGGUUUUUUUACGACGAAAUAAAAAUCAAUAUAGUAUACCGUACUUUUAAAUGAUGUGGUUUACAUUCUGUGCCAGGCACAUGUGCGUUGAUUUUGAAAAC